UUCCCACGCGAUUGCGCAUCAGUUCGCAGAUGUUCGCGGAGGAGCGUCGUUGACGUGAGAGAGGCGUAGUGUUUUGGAUGUCGUUGUCAUACACGACGGCGUCAGGCAUGUCCAGCGCCUUGACGUUUCUUUCCCUGAUACUCGUCGUCGCCCUGGCGGACUCGAGUUAUCCCACGCAACGCACAUUACGAUCGUGGCUGAAUCCGGAUUGCGACGAUACGUGCCGGGGGCGGAACGUGACGACCCUCCACUUGGGUGCAGAUGGACGGAACGACACGUUGCAUUACUUAUGGGAUUUCAUCGGCACCCCGUCCUUACUUCUGGCGCUCACGCCUCCGUCCACCACGCUCAACAUCAGCUGGGAGAAUUAUCUCGCAAGACGCGAGAACUCGCUUCACUUUUCGGAGAAACCCCUCUAUACCUUCGGCGUGAUAAUAAAUAAGAUUAUCGAAUUCGACGAUGUAAAUGACACGGCACUGAUUGACACUGCCAACGUCGCUAACGUGAACAUUUUGCCUCUCGAGUAUUUCAACUGGCAGCGCGUGUCCUUAACGCAAAACAGCGAAUUCGUCUCCCUGGAUAUGGAGGGUAACUCUUAUCACGAUACAGCUAAGAAUAUCAGCAGAAAUGGGAGUAUAAAGCUUUCGUUCCGAGGAUUCUGCACUCUUGAUCAUUCGGAUAUGGUGCCUCAUAUGUUGCACACGGAGAAUUCUACACAAAUAGACAUCAUCCUGGAUCGUCUGCAGACCAACAAAACGUUUUCCAACAGUAGAUUCGCUAUUGAAUUGCUCGUGGUUGGUGGUGGUGAUCCUGAAAUACUAAUGUUCGUUGAUCCGAAAAAGAGUCUGGAUGACGAGCACACACCAGGUAUUUUCGAGAUUGUUGAAGUUCGAACACCACCCUAUAGAGAACUGGACAGUGCGUUAAACGGUGGAGCAUAUUUGCAAUGGCGACCGGUAUCGUACAAUAGCCCAUUACGUGACGUAACCAGUUCUACAGAGACAACGCAAUAUCCACCGAAGAAAGUGUUCGGUUAUACGAGUGCUGUUAAAGAUACGAUGCUGUAUUGUUAUUACGGGAACAAGACAGAUCUUCUUCUACAAAGUUUAACGAUUUCUUUGGGCUCGAAAGGAGACGGUUUCUACAAGAAAACGAAUUAUUUGACAUGGACUUUUAUAAUCGGUUAUGGUACACCACCCGAGGAGAGAUUCUCUUCUCUAGUCAUUAUGAUUAUCUCGAUUGGCCUCGGCCUUCCUUUGCUCAUUAUGGUCAUUACUGGCCUGUAUCUUUGCAUUCGUCGAAUGCCGAAGCAAAAUGGCAACGUUUAUUUAAGUCGAUAAACUCGACGCACGUGCCAUAUGGUUUUUGUGUACGUUGCGCAUUUAGGUGCAUCGUUACAUCAUAUGUACCACCACUGUUUUACACAAAGAGAUAUUCCUAUAUUUAUAUAUGCGACACACAUAUAUAUAUAUAUAUAUAUAUUUUUACACCAAUUGUUAGUUCGGAUCUGACAUCAGUGUGAUAAGCAUGAGUGAUGAUCUGUUCUCUCACAACUUAUUUAGCAUUAAAUGAGGCGUUAGUGGUUGUUUAGCUCUUUACUUUAAUAUCUUAGGAUAAUAUGUAUACGAGAUACUACAUAUCGCGCGUGUUGAUAGUCGAAUAAGUAUUUAGAAUCAACCACAUUUGUUUCUCUGAAUAUGCUAUGAGAGGACAGCGUGUUAAUUUGUGCAACGAAACAUUGAACUUUUCUAGACAAUUUGUAAUUGUAUGCUGUGUGGUAUGUAUGUACGUGCGUACGUAUGUAUGUGUGUGUGUGUGUGUGCAUGCGCGCGCUUGCGUGCAUGAUUUAUGAAAUAUAUAUCUUGCAAUAAGUUGUACUACA